AUGCCCCUCGAAGUGCAACCACUGACCGACGCCGACGCCUCGAGGUUCGUCGCCAUCGCGGAUGCUGCCUUGGGCUCCACAGGUGUCGGUCUCUGUCUUGGGCCUCACCCUCAGCCUGAGAUCGAGAAGACCCUCGCGUCAAAGCCGUACGUUCACUACCUGAAGGUCGUCGACUCGGACACGGGCGACGUGCUGGCCUGCGCCAAGUGGGAGAUCCAUGACCAAGGCCGGUCGGACGAGCAGCUCGCUGAGCUUGACGAGCCCAUCCAGGUUGCCGAGGAGCAAAGGCAGUACGAGAAGGCUCACCAAGAGUUCUUCGGAUACCUCAAUGCCGGGCGUAAGGCCUUGGGCAAGAAGCCUCACUACUUCCUCAGCCUCCUGAUCACCGACCCAAACCAUCAAGGACGCGGCGCUGGCGGCAUGCUGCUUCGCUGGGGCCUCGAGCGCGCUGACAAGGCCGGCUUGAUCACAUACUUGGAAGCCACCGAGGCUGGACGUCCCGUGUACAAGAGGUUCGGCUUCGAGGACAUCAAGACGACGGAGUUCGACCUCAGCAGGUGGGGUGGCCAAGGCAUCGAGCUGAACACCACCAUGGUGAGGCAGCCU